AUGUCCCGCGACUCGAUCAUGGAUCAGAGUCUCAAGAGACGCAAAAUCUCGAGUGGCAGCUAUGAAGCCGUCACUCCGGAUGUCGACCAUCCAACCCAAGAAACAAGCGACAAAUCCAAGGAGCAGAGACGGUCGCUCUUCGUGCGCUCUCUGCCCGCUUCCGUGACCACAGAGCGACUCACCGAGUACUUCUCUCAAUCGUUCCCUCUCAAACAUGCCACGGUCGUCCUGGACCCUCAGACAAAGAUCUCGCGUGGAUUCGGCUUCGUCACCUUUGCCGAUGCCGAGGACACCCAGGCUGCGGUUGCCCAGUUCAACAACUCGGUGUUGGACGGGAGGAAGAUCAAAGUUGAACUAGCAGAGGCGAGACACCGUGAUGCGGACCUGGGUGGAAAGAGCGGUGUCAAUACCACGGCUGUGCAACUUCGAGCACAGCGAGAAAAGAACAUCGCAGAGACCCAGCCCCCGAAAUUGAUCGUCAGGAAUCUGCCGUGGAGUAUCAAGACGGCGGAGGAUCUGUCCCUGUUGUUCCGAGGCUAUGGGAAAGUCAAGCACGCGGUAGUGCCCAAGAAGGGCCCCAAGGAGCAAUACGGCUUUGGGAUUGUUGUGCUUCGGGGAAAGAAGAACGCAGAGAGGGCCCUCGCAGGGGUUAAUGGGAAAGAAGUCGACGGGCGUACGUUGGCCGUUGAUUGGGCUGUCGACAAGAAGACUUGGGAAGAGUUGCAACAUAAACGUCCAGAGAGCAAGCAAUCAUCCCAUGAUGAGCCGAGUGCAGACGAUCAUAACGAAGAUGACCCCAAAACGGACAAGGCGGACUAUGACGACGCAGCGUCCGACGUAGAGGCACUAGAAGAUGCCGAAGACGUCAACCAAGAUUCCGAGGAAGAAUCACUUGACGAGCUCGAUACCGCAAGCGACCAAGAGGAUGCACAAUCGGCAACAGGGAGUGUAACCUCUGAAUCCGAAGCACACGACAACAGGAAUGAUACCUCUGUCUUUAUAAGGAAUCUGCCCUACACCACCGACGACGAUCUUCUCCGGGAACACUUUUCCACCUUUGGACCGAUCCGAUAUGCGCGGGUCGUCUAUGAUCCGGAGACUGAACGGCCCAAAGGCACCGGGUUUGUCUGCUUUUUCAAUCUCGAUGAUGCAAAAGCCUGCGUCAAGAAUGCUCCAAAGCACGAAACAGCAUCGGACCAUGCAACAAAUGACAAGAAAAGACAAAGGGAGGCCCUGAAGCAUUCGAUCCUUGAAAACGAAGCAGCCGAUCCAUCCGGUCGCUAUACGCUCGAGGGGCGCGUGCUCCAGGUAUCCCGAGCCCUUAGCAGGGAAGAUGCUGAACGUCGAGCAAGCGAGGCCAGUGCAAAAAGAGACAUUCGAGAUCGGGAUAAGCGGCGCCUGUACCUGCUGUCGGAAGGGUCCAUCCCCAAAGGGUCGAAGCUCUAUGAGCAACUAGGCAAGGCGGAGAUUGACAUCAGAGAGAGCAGCGCCCGUCAACGCCAGCGGUUGAUCAAAACCAAUCCGAACCUAUGCCUCAGUUUGACCCGUCUGAGUGUUAGGAAUCUUCCGCGAGGUAUCGACAGCAAGGAACUCAAGGCACUGGCGCGGGAAGCCGUGGUCGGUUUUGCCAAGGACGUUAAAGAAGGGCUACGACAGCCUCUGAGCAAGGAAGAACUACAGCGAGGUGGCAGCGAGAUGCAAGAAGCCGAACGUCGACGCAAGUUGUCUGGCAAAGGGAUUGUCAAACAGGCGAAAGUUGUGUUUGAAGACAAGGAAGGAAGUAAAGUCAAAGAAGGCGCCGGUCGAAGUCGAGGCUACGGCUUCAUCGAAUAUGUCAGUCAUCGGAAUGCUCUGGCCGGCCUACGUUGGCUCAAUGGGCACUUGGUCAAACCCCAGAAUGCUGGUUCUGACAGAGGGAAACGCCUGAUUGUGGAGUUUGCCAUUGAAAACGCCCAGGUUAUCCAGCGGAGGAAUGAGAGGGAGCAGAGAGCCAGAGAAGGCGGAGGGAAAGGUGCCAAGGACAGCAAGCAAGGAAAACCAGAGGCUAACGGCAGGGUCAACAAGAAGCGGAAGCGCGGAGACAAGAGCGAUGAUGGGUCAUCUUCAAAGGCCUCGCAAGUCCCGCAACCGGUUGAGCCGGAGGAGAAGAAUCGCCUUGCGAAAAGGAAUCGCAUCAUCGCAAAGAAGCGUCAGGCCAGGAAGUCACGGAAAGGUUGA